GUGUUAAAGGGACGAUGCAUCUGCGACACAUACACAAAAGAAAUAAAAGUUGAUGUUUUGUUAGAUGUUGACGUUUUGAUCAUUAUGAACGAACGUAAAGAAGUGUGUGCUGAAGAAAUAAGGGCGUUACAUGAUUUGCCUGACAUAGUAUUGGAAAAGAUUUUUUUAUAUCUGAGUUAUGAUGAGAUCGCAAAAAAGAGACAAGUGUGUCAGCGGUUUAAUAGAAUUUGUGGAAAAUUACUGACCAGUGGGUUUUUGAAAGCUGAAAAAUAUCAUUCAAGAUGUAUGAAGUCGAUAAAGUCACAGCUUCCAAGACGUGAGUCUGAGAGAAGAAAUCAUCCUCUCUCAAAACACUGUGACAUUUUGAGUGGUAUAGAGACACGAAUGUCUAUGCUUUCAAUGACCUUUAUGAAGUUCAUUUCUAAUGGAAUGUGUUGCUUCAUACCAGGAAAGGUUAUCGAUGAAAUAUUUAGAAUCCUCAGAUACAUGGAAAGUUAUGGUAUUGAUGCUCCUCCUCCAAGGACACUUGAAACUCUUCAAGAGUUAAGAGAUAUCUCAUCUAUGGCAAUGGAGCAUUUUGAAGAAAAAAUUGUGCCCAUAUUGAAAAGCAGGCUGGAGUGUCAAAAUUAUCCAAAUUAUCCCUUAGCUGGUCCAUCAAGGAGGAUAGAAAAUUUCCAGCGACAGUUCAUGACCAUUAGAAGUCAUGAAAAAUAUAACAUGGAUAUAUUGGCAAAAAUGGAUGAAAGGCUGAAAAAAAGCAAUAUUCGAAUUGCCAAACAGGCCAGAAUGUUACAAGAGCAAAAUGCUAAACUCAUUGCACAAGAUGCCCAGAUUAAUGAACUAAAGCAACAUCUGGAGGAGUGGGAUCAUAAGUUACGAGAACUUGAAGCAAAGGUGAACAGGGUAAAUGAUGACAAUGCAUUGUUGCUGGAACACUCGGAAGAGACAGUUGUUUCAAAUGAUUCUGGCUGCAAACGGAAAUGUGAGACUGUAUGUAGUGGUAGUUACUCUAAUGAAGACAACUUGCCUGUCAAAAAGCAGAAAGUUGUCAGCACAGUUGAAGAAGUUGGUGAAUAAUGAGCAAAUAUUCUGCUUAAAAAGAAAAUACUCACCUGAAAGACUUAUUGUCCAUCAGCCUAAAACCCUACAGUAAUAACAUUAUUAAUACCCUCUUAUAAUACUGACAGUGUUGUAUUACCUUUUCUGUUUAUUAAUAAAAUUUGUGGAUAAACUUA